AGGAUACAAUUUGUACGGCCGGACGGAGAGCGGUCCGCUACAAGGAAUCUCUAUUUUCUGCGGGGGUCAUAAAGUAGAUUUGGUUAUCAGAGCUGCGGGUAGUGGGUACAACCAAGAUGGCACGGGAUAGCUGCUUGGCUCGCGUCACCACCGGAGCUGCCCUCGGCGGCGCCAUCGGCGGCGCCGUUGGUGCGGUUUAUGGGACCUAUGAGGCUAUUAGAUACAAGGUUCCAGGAUUAUUGAAAAUCAGAUACAUCGGACAAACCACUCUCGGAAGUGCAGCAGUUUUUGGGCUCUUUUUGGGGGCUGGGAGCUUGAUACACUGUGGGAAAUCUUACUGACAACUUUUGAGGUUUUGUGCGCUUCUUUGGGGUUGAGAGUUCACUGCGGAGUGAUUUUACGGAGCCACCCCCCUGCCUUCUUUGUGACGUUUCUUCUGGGUGAUGUAUUAAAUUAAGAUGCUGUAGUUGUACUCUAAAUUAAGACAGUGAAAGCUUGGUGCUGGCAAAAAGAGCAACUGUUUUCUGAAUUUGUUGAAUAUCACAUAUAAAUAAUUAGAGGUACUGAGAGAUCGAGAAUUCUCAUCAUUUCUGAGGAACAUAGAUCGAAUUCAAUUUAGUUUUCACCA